UUUAUCUACAUGAUAAUUAUUGGCUCAUUAAUGACCCGGAAGUACUCAAAACAAAACGACAAGGCAGGAGGAGAGAACGAAAAAUAUCAAUGGGAGUAACUUGUGUGUGUCCGGUUCCUGUGACGGAGGGAAAGAGUGUGCAGCAGACAGUGGACAUCCUGCAUAAGAAACUGGAGCAGCUGGGUGCUGUGAAGCAGGGCAGCUUCUGUGUGGACUGUGAGACUUACCAGUCUACAGGAAAUCCAGGCGGCCAGCCCUCCAAACUCUUAUAUGUGAUGCACAACUCUGAAGUUCCCCUGAGCUGCAUGGCUCUGUUUGAGGGAGGACCCUGCCUGACAGCAGACGCAAACUUUGACGUCCUUAUGGUGAAGCUGAAAAGUCAUUUCCAGAACGCCAAGGGACACAAAGUGGAGUGCCGUGGCUCGAGAUAUCGCUACUGUGACUUCUUGAUCAAAGUCGGCACAGUCACAAUGAGCUCCAGCGCCAGGGGGAUAUCUGUGGAGGUAGAAUAUUGUCCCUGUGUGGUCCCAGGGGACUGCUGGAACCUCAUGAGGGAGUUCAUACAAUCCUUUCUUGGCAACAACGUUCCAGAACUUCCAACCGUGUUUGCUGCCAAACCUGAGGGUCUCUUUGCUCCAGCGGACUGUGUUGACACCAUGACUCAGUACCUGGAGCUGUUCAACAAACUUCGUAAAUUACAGAUCCCUGCAAGCAAUGUGCGUUGAAUCUGCAGCAUAGUUUUUUUUUUAUUACUGUGUUCAUAUGUUUGUUCUGGUCCCAUGGAUCAGUCUGACAGCUUAAGAGUUGUUGCAAGCCUGCUGUUUAUUUAGCUGUAGCUUCAACUUUGCAUUAAUCUCCCUAACUUGUUGAAAGCCUUUUAUAAUAAAAUAAUUUGAAAAAAACCACUUAAUUUUAAAAAGUAUCUAGAGUCUAUGUUUUUACUUUUAUGCUCAUUUUUCAACAUCCUGAUGAAAGGUGAGUGUAUUAAAUACUAAUAUGCAAGCAAGGUUCUUCAUAAUAUGAUAGAAAAAGUCUUACAUGCAUUGUAUUUUUAUACAAGUGCUAUAAAUAAUUUGGGCGUGUUUUUUUUUUAUUAUUAUAAGGAAGCAGAGACAAUAUUACUAUAAUGAAACUUCAAAAACCUUAAUGGUUGGUCACAUUUUGAGUGUUCUUCUAGAAAGACUGAAACUGAUUAUGUUUUUACAAUAAUCAACCAUUUCAUAGACAAUACAGGCACAAAUAUAAUAAAUUAGGGGUAAUUCUAGGUUAAAAAAUAAAUGAAUAGAUGGUAAAUUACUUUAAGGAAAUAUCUAUGACAGUAUUAUUUUUUUUACAAAUGUAGUUUUGAUUAAAACAUUUUUUUUUCUAGUAUUUAAUUUCAACAUAAACAAUGAUGUAGAAUUCAAAAGAAUGGAUAUCCCUUGUCAAUUAGUAGGGAAAUGUAGGUUUACCAGCAGCAAGUUGAAGGUAAAUGGAAGAAUGCAUAUUCACACAAAGGUAAAAGAUAUGAGAACAAGAAACUUCAAAGUGAGGAUAAAUUUACAACACAAGAAAAAUAAUUGUUGUGUGCAGUAAUUAAAACUGCACAUUCAAAGAAAUGUGUAACUGAGUAUGAGAAUUUAAGGAAUUGUUCAACAUGUCCAUGUAAUGGUGGUAUCUGUGGUUUUGUCAGUUGAGUAAAUAAGCUGAUUCAAAUUAUUUGAAACUGGAAAGGAAAUAGGAUGGACUUUCUUAAAUUUCCCCAGAGGGACAGAAUAUUUUAGUGUUCAAAUCUGCUGUGAUUGUGUACACCAUUCUCACACAAGUAUUUAUACCACUGUCAUCUGUUCAUAUUUUUUUUAUGUUAGUCUAAAAGUUUCAUUUAUUUUAUUGGUGUUUCAUUUCAUAGAUCAAAAUAAACCCAUACACAACUGCAUAAAUGAA